AUGUUUUUUGUUGACACACACGUCUUAGUGUGCUUUAGCUCUAUUAUGGAAAAUUUAUUGCCACUGAUUUUAUGGAGCAAUACAAAGUGCCUCAUCUCUGCUACAAACGCAACCGGGGCACUGGCAGUCGGCGUCCUCUGUACAGGGAUCUCCUUCGUCAUAGAUCACUUCUCCAGGCAGGUCUCCUCCCGGAUUGUAUUCACACACUACGACAGUCCAAGAGUUCCAACAAGGUACAACUACACAACCAAUCCUGUCGCUCGAUUGCCAUGCCAACUGGCUGUAUUUACUUAAAGACAUGUAGUUGUUCAUGGUAAAAACGUUCUUUUCAGGUACACCAUUUUUCUGUAAUUGACCGAACCAGGCGUCGACGCUCGCUAUUGCAGCCUCUGUCUUGUUAUUAGUCUUGGGUGAUAGCAUUUGCAUGUUGUUCCCCCACCGCUUCAGCAUUGCAGCAGUGUUGAAUCCGAAUGUACAGCUCUUGGCCCAUUCCAUCGCAUUUUCUUCAACAUCGCAAUCGUAGUUCACUUUCAUCAUUCUAGCUGCUUUUGGAGCAAAUUGUCCAUCUUUACCCUUGGCUUGCCCUUUAGCAAUGAGCGAUCGAUACUCAUUGUGUUUGUCGACGAAUGUUUUCCUAACUUCAUCAGUCAUUCCAUUAUUGAGUCCAGGACACGACCCCGCGUUAGCUUUUGGGACGGUUGUUGUUGUAGUUGGCUUCGGUGUUGUAGUCGAAGUGGUAGUAGGUGGAAGGGGAGUGUAUUCUGGCGGGAUGCAAAGGGCCUCUUCUUGGCUACAAACGCAACCAGCGCACAUGCAGUCGGCGUCAGUUGUGCAUGGAUCUCCCAUCUCGUAGACCACCCACCAACCAUUAUCACCUGAAGGGUAAUAGUUGCAUCCUGCCAUUGUCCAUGGAUAUGGCUUGUUUUUUGUACAAUAAUUAAUCGCGCAACCUAUUUUGUAGGUCCAUUGCCAGACCACCUGCAAUGA